AUGGAAAAGGGCGUCUAUCAAGAUGCACGUUGGUCUAACCCGGAUCUUGACCCUGUCAAACCAGAAGACCGUACCUGGGGUGCUCUGGACUAUUGGGCAUACUGGACAAGUGACAUGCUUGCUCCUCCAUUGGCCUCCACUGUGUCUUCGGUCAUGAGUUUGGGGUUCACCGCGCGUGAGACGAUCCCCAUAGUCUUUUGUGGAUUUGCACUCUGUUCCGCAGCCUUGACCUUGACCGGUAAGAUGGGUGCUCGGUAUAGCAUUCCCUUCCCGGUUCUUGUCCGAUCCAUCUUCGGAAUGUAUGGCAGCUAUCCAGUGAUCGUCCUUCGAAGCUUCGUCUGCAUGCUCUGGACUGCCAUCUUGUGUGUACAGGCCGGUGACUUCCUCGGCAACUGUAUCACGGCAAUCUGGCCGAGUUUUGCCAACUUCCCGAACCAUCUGCCCGAGAGUGCCAACAUCACCUCUGCUGGGCUGCUUACUUUUUUCAUCUACUGGUUCUUCCAGACGAUCCUUGCGUCGAUGCCCAUCAAGAAGCUUCGCAUCCUUUUCUUGGUCAAGGGCAUCGUGGUCCCCCCAACAUUUUUGGCCCUUUUCCUUUGGGGAGCCAUUGUUACCCACGGUGGCGGCCCUUUGGUGACAGGCCAUGCGAAGAUGACCUCGUCAUACAUGAACACGGCCUACUCUUCUCUGACGGCGCUCAAUGUCAUCAUCGGGCUCUUCAGUUCCAUGGCAGUCAAUUUCCCUGACUUUGCACGCUUCAGUAAGAACAACUUGGCGGGAUACAACCAAUUCUUUGCUCUUCCUAUCAUUGGCACUCUCGGGGCAUUAACUCCAAUAUUCGUCACCUCCGCCCACAGCUAUCUUUGGGGCGAGUUCGAGUGGUACAUGCCGGCUGUGGUAGCCAAAUUUGAUUCGCGAGCAGCCAAGUUCUUCACGGGAUUGAGCUUCAUGCUUGCGACCAUCGGCAACCAAAUCGCGGCAGGCACAUAUCCAUUCUCCAAUGACGUUUCUGGAUUGUGCCCGAAGUACAUCAACAUACUCCGCGCCACCUGGAUCAUCUCCCUCUUCUGUGUGAUCUCGAAUCCAUGGCAGAUCAUCAAGAACGCCAGCGGCCUACUCGCCUUUUUAUCGGGAUACAGCAUGUUCAUGGGUGCCGUGUGCGGGACAAUGUGCUGCCACUAUUACCUGAUCGUCGACAAGAAGCUCAACAUCCACGAGUUGUACAAUGGCCAUGGCAUCUAUCGAUAUUCGAAGAUCGGCGUCAACUGGAGGGCCUUUGUUGCUUUUUUCGUCGCGGUCGCUCCACUGCUUCCAGGAUUUUCAAAGUCCAUUGACAACAACCUCGAUGUUGGAGGUGCCUGGAAGAUUUAUACCUUCUCAUGCCUCUAUAGCUUCACCGUCAGUGGGCUGGUGUAUUACAUCAUCUGCAAAUAUGUCUCGGACGUCGGCCCGGCCAAGAUUGAUGAAGCAGUUUACCCACCGUCAAAAGCACAAACUGGAGAUGUUGAAGCAGGGAAGGUUGACUCGGAACGUGACUCAUUCCAGGAGAAGAAAGCGGGCGCCGAGAUAUUGGUUGGCUCCAAGGAACUCAUUGCCGAUUAG